UCUGUGACUGAAGCUGCUCAGAGUGGUAGGGAGACUGUCGAGCGGAGAAAACUAACAGAAUUACUGGGUGUGUAAAGAGGAAUGGAGCCAGCGGUAUUGGCAGGGAGGCUUCCUAAAGACAACGUGCAGACCGCAGACCCCAAAUAACAAGCUGCAGGCUCCAGCAGGAGAUUUUAACUUGGAAAAGAGUGAAAUUCUUUCAGAGAGUAUUAGAAGUGGAGGAUUUGCAGUCGGGAAACAAACCAAACAUCAUAUCAGGAUCUGAUGGAGUCGCCCAAUUUAUCGUAACCUGAAUGUCAUUGGAUUUUGAACAUGGAAGGAAAAAGCACCGUUCACAGUGGGGAGAAACCAUGUUCUGUGUGUGGACGAGGCUUCAGCCAAUCAUCUGGCCUGUCAAAACAUGAAUGCAGUCAAAACAGGAAGAAGCCGUGGAAAUGUGGGGACUGUGGGAAAGGAUUCAAUUACCCAUCGGAGUUAGAAAUUCAUCGACGCAGUCACACUGGUGAGAGACCGUUCACCUGUUCCGAGUGUGGGAAGGGAUAUACUGAUUCUUUCAACCUGAUGACACACCAGCGAGUUCACACCGGGGAGAGACCGUUCACCUGCUCCCAGUGUGGGAAGGGAUUCAUUAAUUCAUCUAACCUGAUGAUACACCAAAGAGUUCACACUGACGAGAGACCAUUCAGGUGCUCUUACUGUGGCACAGGCUUCAAGCAAUCAUCUAAUCUCACGGUUCACCAGCGAGUUCACACUGGGGAGAGGCCGUUCACCUGCUCUGAGUGUGGGAAGGGAUUCACUCAGUCAUCCAACCUGCUGACACACCAGCGGGUUCACACUGAUGAGAGGCCUUUUAAAUGCCCAAAGUGCGGCAAGUGUUAUAAAAGUUCCAGGGAGCUGAUGUCUCAUCAGCGUGUUCACAAUGAUGAGAGACCUUUUAAAUGCCCAGAUUGUGGUAAGUGUUAUAAAAGCUCUAAGGAACUGAUGUCCCAUCAACGUAUUCACACUGACGAGAGACCAUUCAGGUGCUUUCACUGUGGGACUGGGUUCAGGCGAUCAUCUCAGCUCACUGUGCACCAGCGAAUUCACACUGGGGAGAGGCCGUUCACCUGCUCUGAGUGUGGGAAGAGAUUCACUCACUCAUCCCACCUGCUGACACAUCAGCGGGUUCACACUGACGAGAGACCUUUUACAUGUACAGAGUGCGGGAAGUGCUUUAAAAGUUCCCAGGAACUGAUGUCCCAUCAACGUGUUCACACGGAUGAGAGACGGUUCAGGUGCAUUCACUGCGGGGCUGGGUUCAGGUGGUCAUCCCAUCUCACUGUACACCAGCGCAUUCACACUGGGGAGAGGCCGUUCACCUGCUCUGAGUGUGGGACGGGAUUCACCAGCUCGUCGGACCUGCUGAGACACCAACGAGUUCACACAGGGGAGAGACCAUUCAUCUGCAGUGAGUGUGGGAAGGGAUUCAUGCAUUCAUCCAACUUGAAGACACACCAAAGAGUUCACACAGGAGAGAAACCGUGGAAAUGCAGGGAUUGUGGGAAGGGAUUCAGAUCCCCGUCUAACUUGGAAACUCAUUGCCGCAGUCACACUGGGGAGAGGCCGUUCACCUGCUCUGAGUGUGGAAAGGGAUUCAUAAAUUCAUCCCACCUGUUGAGACACCAGCGAAUUCACACUCAGGAAAGACCAUUCACCUGCUCUGAGUGUGGGAAAGGAUUUACUCAGUCAUCCCACCUGCAGACACACCAGCGAGUUCACACUGGGGAGAGGCCGUUCACCUGCUCUGUGUGUGGGAAAGGAUUCACUGAUGCAUCCAAUCUGCAGACACAUCAGCGAGUUCACACUGGGGAGAGGCCGUUCACCUGCUCUGAGUGUGGGAAAGGAUUCACUGAUGCAUCCAAUCUGCAAACACACCAGCGAGUUCACACUGAUAAGAGACCUUUUAAAUGCCCGGACUGUGGGAAGUGCUAUAAAAGUUCCGGGGAACUGAUGAUCCAUCAACGUGUUCACACUGAUGAGAGACCGUUCAGGUGCUCUCACUGUGGGACUGGAUUCAGGCAAUCAUCUAGACUCACUCUACACCAGCGAAUUCACACUGGAGAGAGGCCAUUCACCUGCUCCAUGUGUGGGAAAGGAUUCACUCAGUCAUCCAACCUGCUGACACACCAGCGAGUUCACACUGGGGAAAGGCCGUUUACCUGCUCAAUUUGUGGGAAGGCAUUCUCUACCUCACGCUACCUGCUGAGACACCUGCAAGUUCACAAGUAACUACAGUGCUUGGUUUUUGCAGUUAAUCACAUCAAGGACUGAACCAUGUUCAUUGGGGUCUGUUUCUGUUGAUGUUUAUAAGCUCCAGACCAGCAAAAUGUGUUAAUAUUCUGGAUAAAGUCAGAUAA